ACAGAACUGGAUUCAGAACCAGAACUGCCUCAUUCCAGUGCUGAAGGGCUUAGGCCAUGAAUUUUGUUGUUUCCCCAGAUUUGUGGUUAAGAAACACUGAGUGGACACAAUCCUUAACUAGCCUUUGGAUUCCAGAUUCCCUCCUAGUUCCAUGUGACUUUAUGUUUAGUAUUUUCCUGGUCUUGGAACUCCAAUGUCCCUCCCUAGACUUGGACCAUGCAAUAUUUUCACUUGAUGGCACCAGUUGCUUAAUGCCUGUCUCUUCCUGCUGGGAGAAAGGGGAACCAUAAAUCCGAAGAAGUCUUAUUAUCCUUCGAAGUAGGAAAGGUUUAUGAGCCAGAUUGCACAACUGGAAUUGAUUAAUGUUAACAUUGUUUUCCUCACAGAUCCCAUAUUUCUACUUCCUCUCACUUUGGGAAGUUCAUAGCUGGCUCAGCUCUGAAAGUCAUUUCCCCUUACCCUGAUACUUCCGGCCCUAGCCCUAUUCCUGUCUUCUGAAGGUUCGCUGUUAAGGAUGGCUGGUCAACUGACUCAAAGAGGUGCUUUCUCACUGCUGCUCUUCCUAACACCAGCAGUGAUGCCAACAUGGUAUGCAGGCUCAGGCAACUAUCCAGAUGAAAGCUAUAAUGAAGUAUAUGCAGAAGAGGUCCCGGCUACCCGUGCUCUGGACUACGGAGUCCCCCGAUGGUGUUAUACACUGAAUAUCCAGGAUGGAGAAGCCACAUGCUACUCACCAAGAGGAGGAAAUUAUCACAGCAGCCUAGGCACACGUUGUGAGCUCUCCUGUGACAGAGGCUUCCGAUUGAUUGGACGGAGGUCGGUGCAGUGCUUGCCAAACCGGCGUUGGUCUGGAACUGCUUACUGCAGGCAGAUGAGAUGCCAUGUCCUGCAAUUCAUCACUAGCGGCACCUACACCUGCACAAAUGGGGUGCUGCUUGAUUCCCGCUGUGACUAUAGCUGUUCUAGUGGCUACCACCUAGAAGGCGAUCGCAGCCGUGUCUGCAUGGAAAAUGGGCAGUGGAGUGGAGGCGAGCCUGUAUGUGUAGACAUAGAUCCACCCAAGAUUCGUUGUCCUCACUCACGUGAGAAGAUGGCAGAGCCAGAGAAACUAACUGCUCGAGUACACUGGGACCCACCCUUAGUGAAAGAUUCUGCUGAUGGUACCAUCACCAGGGUGACACUUCGGGGCCCAGAGCCUGGUUCUCACUUCCCUGAAGGAGAGCAUGUGAUUCGCUAUACUGCCUAUGACCGAGCCUACAACCGGGCCAGCUGCAAGUUCAUUGUAAAAGUACAAGUGAGACGCUGUCCCAUUCUGAAACCACCACAGCAUGGCUACCUCACCUGCACCUCAGCGGGGAACAACUACGGUGCCACCUGUGAAUACCACUGUGAUGGUGGUUAUGACCGCCAGGGCACCCCAUCCCGAGUCUGCCAGUCAAGUCGACAGUGGUCAGGACCAGCACCUAUCUGUACUCCUAUGAAGAUUAAUGUCAAUGUCAACUCAGCCGCUGGCCUCCUGGAUCAGUUCUAUGAAAGACAGCGACUCCUCAUAGUCUCAGCUCCUGAUCCCUCCAAUCGAUACUACAAAAUGCAGAUCUCUAUGCUGCAGCAAUCCACCUGUGGGCUGGACCUGCGGCAUGUGACCAUUAUUGAGCUGGUGGGGCAGCCACCUCAGGAGGUGGGCCGAAUCCGGGAGCAACAACUAUCAGCCGGCAUCAUUGAGGAGCUCAGGCAAUUCCAGCGCCUCACUCGUUCCUACUUCAACAUGGUGUUAAUUGACAAGCAGGGUAUUGACCGGGAACGCUACAUGGAACCUGUCACCCCUGAGGAAAUCUUCACAUUCAUCGAUGACUACCUGCUGAGCAACCAGGAACUGGCACAGCGACAGGAGCAAAGGGAUGUUUGCGAGUGACCCUGAGCCAGGGUGUGGCUGAGGCAAUUGUCCUAGGUAGUUUAAACUGUUGGGAGCAGGACUCAGGUGGGGUAGGGUUUGCCAAAUCUAGGACAGUUCCAGGCAUCAUUUAAGGCAGAAAGAAUAUUUACUUUCCUAAGCAAGUCUCCACUUCAGGUAGUACUGGAGGAGCAUAUAAAAGUAGGUAGAGACUGAGGACAGGCCCUGGGCAGUGGGUUGGGGUACAAGGUCUUCUUCACCUGACUGGAGCCUCUGCGUCGCUUUCCAAAGUCUUUCAUAAAAGUAAAUCCCAAAUUCACUCCUUUACUGUGUUGUAAAUGAUUCCUGUACCCUAUGGUGACAGCAGAGGGCAGCAUUGCAACAGAUGAGCAGGACACUUUAAAUAAGUAUAAAUAGGUUUUCCUUACAGCUAAUUAAUUGUAUUAGGAGCAGGAGAGUGGUAACUAGGCUCUGCAACAAAGCAUUCUUGAAGCUAUUUGUUGUUUUCCCUUCCAGGACACUGGGCUAAAAAAAAAAUGUUGCUUGAACCAUUGUUUCAUCAGGAGAUUGAAAAACAUUUUCUCCAGUGGGAGCUUGGGAAGCAGCGCUCAGCCAUAGCAGGAAAUUCAGCCAUAGCAGGAUGUUUCCUCCUAGAUGCUCCAGCUAGCUUAUGGGCAACAAUUUCUGCCUACUGAGGUCUUCAGUGCCCUGAUGAUGGCCCUUCAUUACAGGAUCCCCCAGUCUGUGAAGUAGAUUACCUUAAGGAAUUGGGGGAGUUGCACAGCUGGUAAAAUGCUUGCCAUGCAAGCAUUUAGACCUGAGUUUGAUCCCCAGACACUAUGUAAAGUCUCCAGAUGUGGUGGCGUGCACUUGGAAUCCCAGCAAAGAUGUAGACUUAAGCAGAUGUGUGGGAAUCACUGGUCAGCAAGUCCAGUCUAAUGGUGAGUACUAGGCCAAGCAAGAAACUCUAUCUCAGGAAAAAUCAUAAAUGGGGCAUGAAGAACAAAACCCAAGGCUGACCUCUGAUCUCCACACACAUGUGCACACAUGUGCAUGCAUGC